GAGGACGGUGGUGGUCGUCAUCCAGUCAAUGCACAGGAGGACGGUGGUGGUCGUCGAUCGUUUAAUGUGCCAGAAGUUAGUGGGGUCCCUGCGUUCUUCGAGGAAACCGGUGCUUCGGAACAUCGUGAUCAGAAGGGUGCUCUUGGCGUUCGUGGGGAGGAACUCGGAGCGGACCUGCGAGAUCCUCCACCCCGAAGAUCGCGGGAUGAGUCGACAUUCUGGCGUGACAGAGUGUCUCGAAGUGCGAGUCCUGAGGGUCGCAGCCGCGUAGCUUCUGGGAGCCCUGGUCGGACUGGAAGGUCGGGAUCGAUCUCUGGCCUUGCGCGCGGGAGGUACCUGCGCAGGAAUGCGAGUGACUUACUUCAAGGGCUAAGUGAUGGUGAUCUCUACGGUGUUCAGCCGACUGAAGCAGCUUAUCGGGCUCUCCCUACAGAGGCGGCACCUACGUUUGGGGAUUAUGAGAUCGGUUUUCCUCCCGGCUUGAACGAGGCGCCGACGAAUCACAACCGUGGGGAAGGAAGUGGUCCGUUUACUGCGAGGACAGAGCGCCCCUUGCAACCAGCUGGGCCGGAAGGAGCAGAGCCGGCAGGAGCCAACUCUCAGGCGGCGCCGAAUCCCCUUGAGGUCCUCAUCACUGGCAUGUCUCAGUUGCAGCAAGUUUUGCUCAGACAGAAGGGUGCGGACGCGCUGGACCUGGAGCCGAAGGCUGUCACGGAGCUUGCCAAGCUCCCCGAAUACACGCCGGAGUCUGGGGCUACGGAUUUCCAGGACUACUUGUAUCUGGCGGAGCAGCAGAUUGGGAGUCUGGCUUUGGGAGCGGGUGAGUGGUGGCAGAAGACGUUAGCUGUAGCCCAGAAGGCGUAUGCGGAGUACCAGUCGUUGUCGCCCAUGAAGCGUCUAAUCGUUAAGGCCGUUCUGACCGAGGAGCUCAAGCAGGACAGGUUCAAGAAGCUGGAGCGGAAGGUGGCAUCGUUAGUCCUCAGCUCUUUGCCGCGUGGUGUCAGGGAUGAGCUGGUGGCGCACAGGGUUCAAGGGCUGCACCAGAUUCUUUUCAGGCUGAUGGUGGUUUUCCAGCCGGGUGGGGCCCAGGAUCGGGCUCAGCUGUUGCGGCAGCUUGAUGUUAGUGAAAGCAGCGCAGGCCCGGCAGAAGCGGUCGUCGCUAUUCGGAGGUGGUACCGUCUUCUUCAACGAGCCGCUGAUCUCAACAUAGCCCUUCCGGAUGAGUCCUUGCAGGUUCGCUCCUUGUGCAACAUCGUGAAGAAGACCAGCGAGCAGAGUGCGGACUUUAAGUUCCGGGUUGCCUUGGCAAAGACGGAGUUGCAGAUCGACUCGAGGCCGAGCCAAGCGAAUGUUAUGAGGUUCCUGCAGCACUUACUGGCUGAACUGGAGCAGUUGGGGGCGGGUUCUCGCAAGGCAUCUGGUGCAGCUACGCCUGCUGCAUCGGCGGCGGUCACCACGGGGGCGACUGGAACGACUACGACGUCUUUGAAGGGAGUGCAGCCUACUGUGGAAUCCCCGAAGGGAAAAGCCAAGGCGGUUGCGACGCCGCCGGGUCAGAAGAAGCCGUGUCAAUGGUUUGGUUCAGACAAUGGAUGCAGGAAUGGCAAGCAGUGUACUUUUGUGCAUUCGUGGACGGGUCUUAACCGAGGUGAGCGGUGCCUGCUAUGUGGAUCCAAGCAACAUAGGGCUAAGGAGUGCCCUACCAAGGACAGCGGACCCCCGGAGAAGCCUCCUCCUCCACCACCGAAGGCUACGACGGCGGCUAUGAGCGCAUCUACCUCGGCGGCGCCUUUGAGUAUUCCUUCGCCAGCAAAGCCGCCCUCAGCAGUUCAGGAGGCCUCAUCUUCCUCUUCAUCUACGGCGGCGGCAGCGGGAACCAACAAGAUAGAUGCGGCCAAGAUGACAGAGAUCCUGAAUGAAACCAACAAGAUGCUCAAGGCGUUCCAGGCCCAGUCCGGACCGGAGAGUUUGGGACCCGCGCCUCCAGCGGAUCCUUUGGCGAUGAUACAACAACAGCUGGAUGAGGUGCGUCGGCUCAAGGCGAUCACCGUGAAGGACGCUGGAGCCCCUUUGAUUUCUUCAGGUGUUGCCUUCCACAGUGUAGUGGACUGGUAUGAAACCAGGUUGAGCUCAACGACGGUGGCUCUCCAGGCAAGUGGCUCUGAAGAGGAAGAAGCAUUGUUGGACAGCGGUGCUAGUCAUGCCUACCGAGCUGCUGUACAAGAGGACAACGAUGGCAACACCCGAACGGUGGCAGUGACGCUGGCUACAGGAGAAGAGCGCAGUUUGCGACAAACCCGUGGCGGGACCCUUUUGGGGGACAACGGCUCAGAAGCGAUCGUCCCCAUGGGCCAGUUGGUUAGUCUACUGGGCUGCAAGGUGUCGUGGACCCCUUCCCGGCUUACGGUUGUGCAUCCUCUACAUGGACGAUUGCGGGUCAGGCUGCGUGGCCAAUGCCCUGUCGUUCCGGUUUCUCAGGCAAUGGCUCUCAUAGCGGAGCUAGAGGAGGCGCGGAUCAAGGAGUUCAAGAAAACGGUAGCGGACCUCCAGCUGCAAGUGAAGGCUAUCCGUGACCAGGGCAAAGCUGGGUGGAACCACGACAAGCACCUCCAGUCUCUUCAGGAAGAUGGAGGCCAAGGAUGGAUGGAAGCUCUUGAAGGGGAUGCCUUGGUCGAGGGCGAAGAGAAGGUCGUUGUUUCAAAGCGACGGGUGGUGCACCUGUGCUCUGGAGAUGAGCGUACAAGAGAGGCCAAGCAGCAGCAGAUUAUGAGACGUGCUUUUUGGGCAAAUUCCUUGAAUGGUGGCGAUGUGAUUGUGGAUGUGGAUAUUACAGCCUCGAAGGAUAUGGACCUCCUGAGGCAGGACGCGGUGUUCAAAGUUCUGGCGUGGGCUGCAUUGGCGGGCAAGGUCAAGGCUAUCAUCGGUGGGCCACCAAGGCAUGCUUUUCCCGUAGAUGUGACAGCUCAAACUACCUCCCCUCAGCAGAUCAAGGAGCUCAAGAUUGUGGCGCGUAUGCUGAUGCUAUGGUAUAUGGCUGAGGUUGGCCGCCUCAAGGCGUGGAGAGAGGGAUCCUUGAGUGGCUCGCCCGUCAAACCGCAUGUUGGGUUUAUGUUGGAGCAUCCAGCUAUCGAGGAGGGCAAGGUGUCCCUCUUCGACCAUUCCAUGUGGAAGGGUUUCGCCCAGGAGGCUCUUAUGGGAGAAGUUCCAUGUGCUCUCAACGACAGGCCGGAGAUUCUGCUGGUUCAGUGUGGCCAAUGGAGUUCGUUGCUCAUGUGGCAGAGGUUCGACGGGUUCCCCUCCGACUCCGCUCCUUCCCUGGCGAAGUUCGACGUGAAGGAUGGUGCGGGAGGCUACAAGUACCUUAUGGUGGGCUGCUAUCGUUUCCCAAAGCUAGAGGGCGUGACCGCAAUGAAGGGGAUCGAUGAUGUCAAGAGUUUGGGGCCCGUUCCAGAUGAUGGCCGGGACUGGAUUUUGGAUGAGGAGGAGGUCGUUGUGGAUGGAGAGCCAGGGGAGCGCGAGCUUGUUGACAAAGGCGACGAUAAGAUUGCCGAGCCCGUGGGUGAUGAUGCCUAUGCGGGGGUUUCGCUGGACAAGGAGGUAGAGGCAUUGAAAGAGUUAGCAGCCCCCCUGGAGUUCACCUCGGUCUACCUCGCGAGGCCUAUGAAGUCGCGGAAGAAGAAGGAUGCUCUUCGGGCGGUGCAGGAGCUCUAUGUGCAACUUCGUUCCAAUGGGUUUCCGGUAUGCAAGCUACAUAGCGACAGGGCUCGAGAGUUGCAGACGGACGCUUUGGAGUCUUGGGCAGCGGCGCGGGACAUUGAAGUGACCCGCGCCCAAGGAUCAGACCCAGCUGGAAAUGGAACAGCUGAGAGGGCGGUGGGAGCCAUCAAGGCCCGAAUCAGGGUGCUACUGGGACAAGCCAAGGAACUUAGCGGUGCUGAUGACGAUGUGGUACGAACGUGGUGGCCGUUUGCUGCUGAAACAGCUGUUGCUCAACAUCAAGCGGUCGCCUUUGGCCGAAAGUUGCCUACUGUGGCAAGGUUCGGGUCGAAGGUGUUUACCAAGAGGAAGGGUUAUGGCCAAGGUGGACGCUUUGAUUUGCAGCCCCGGUGGAUGAGUGCAACAUACUUGGGUCCAGCUCGCUCAGUACCAGGUGGACAUUUGGUUCUCACUGAUGAAGGGAAUCUUUGGUACACAACCAAUGUGAGACAGUUUGAAGAACCACCACGAGAAGAUGAAGGGGCAGUGGCAGAUGCGGAAGCACCUUCUCCCCCGGCCCGGAGGAUUCGGAGGAAAUCGUCCAUUGUGGAGCUCGCUGGCGGUGUGGGUUUGAUGCCUGGUUUAUGGGAUGAGCAGGGAGAUGGAGCAGAGCGUGCUCAAGCAUUGCGUGCUAUUUUAGCACUGGCUGAGGAUCAAGGAUGUUCGUCGUCUGAUGAGGUGUUGUCUGAUGAUGCCGUCUUAAGGGCCGUGGACCUUUCAUCUGAGGAAUCCACGGAAACCGGUGGCCCAGGACCUCGGGGAGAUCUCGCUGCAGAAUAUCUUAGUGAAGGCCGUUUUUCGAUGAAUGAUUGUUUGGAGGUCCUCCAGAACGAGAACUUCAGGAGAACUAAGAAGCAGCGGGCUUCAGCAUGGAAGGAUAAUGCUCCACCGACUGUACACACGACGUUGGGAGCUUACCAGCGGGGUCCAUGGUCCGGAGUCACGACGGCUACGACGAGGCAUAGUUCCUUGACUUCCUACUUGAUUGCGAUGUUCCAGCACCACUGUGGAGCAGAUGUUUCUUUUACAUCAAUGACUGUAGCGCGAGAUUUAUGUACGGAUGCUCACAAGGAUCGCUUCAACUUGAAGACCUCCAAGAACUACGUGCUUACUGUUGGGAACUUUGUUGGUGGAGGUAUUUGGCAGGAAGGUCAAAGAGAAGGACUUCCUGUCGUUGCGGUCCAGAACGGGGCAGAUGCAGUGGUCAAGGGUUUUGUGAGCUCGGUGCGAGACCGCAUUGUGGAGGUGGAUCCCAAAAAGCUGCACAAAACUAUGCCUUGGGAGGGUGGCCCCAAGUGGACAGUCAUCGCGCACACGGUGGGUCAACAUGGCAAGUUGAGUGCGUGUCAUCGACAUGAACUACAAGCGCUAGGGUUCAACCUUCCUCCUCAUGGUGGUCUCAAGAAAGUAUCGGUUCAGGAGGAGAAUGGGGAGAUGCCAGCACUACUUGAUGGUCCUGGUUGGUUUCCACAGCCUUGUGAUGAUGAUGAAGAGAUGUGGGUUAGGAUGUGGACUCGGCGGUUAUUGGAUGAGGAGGAGAACCUUCUUUCAAUGAUCCCCCACGAGGAGGCCGAGGACUUCGUUGGUGUUUUGGAAACAAACAAGACCUUGGUCAAGGACCUCGAGGACCGGGAGUCGGCUUUGUUCAAGGACCGCUAUGAGACGGAACAGUGGCUGUCGUUGUGCCGACUAGUUGAAGGGGAAGAUGAAGUAAGGGGUGUUGAACCUCUACUGGAGACGCUCCCGAAUCCCCUCAAGGUGGUGUUUACAGUGGCCUUGGACGAGGUGAAGCAAUAUGUUACUCGUUGGGUUGAAGCUAUUCACAAGGAAGCAGAUGCCCUCAUUAAGGCCAAGGCUUUGAUCCCCCUCACCAUUGAGGAGCAGCGUGAACUGGAAGCUUCAGGGAGGUUGGUUAUACUACCAGCAAAGGGGGUGUUCACCGUUAAGCCCCCGGACCAAGAGAAUUUCAAGGAUGAGAAUGGUCAAGAUCUACCUCCGGGGUCUCCAGAGUUCUUCAAGAGAAAGGCAAGGUUGGUGAUAUGUGGAAAUUUCCAAGGAAAGCAGGCUAAAGAAGAUUCCUAUGCAGGAGGUUGUCAGACAGAUGCACUACGCAUCAUGCUGGUGCACACAGCCGCGUUUGGCUGGCUGGUGGCCUCUACGGAUAUUCGGAACGCCUUUAUCCUGGCGCCGAUCAAGGAGGAGGAAGAGGAUGAUGAUACGACAUAUGCCUUGUACCCCCCGAAGGUGUUCCAGCUGGCCAGGGUUGAGUAUGCCCUACGGCUAUGGCGGGUUGACAGAGCUCUAUAUGGGUUCCGGAGGUCACCUCGCUUAUGGGGAAGGUUCCGUGAUCGGCGGCUUCGAGCCGCGAAGAUCCCUUACAACGACGGCUACAUCUACCUCCGUCAGCAUCGGGCUGAUGAAAACAUAUGGUCGGCGGUCGUGGUUACUGCCAACGGUUGUGAGGAGACACAGGCCUAUGUCAACGUGUACGUCGACGAUAUCCUGUAUGUGGGCUUACAAGGUGUAAUAGUUGCCAUUCAUUCCUGGCUUACCGAGGAGUGGAAGGCAUCGCCGCUCACUUGGGCAUCAACAACGAGCCCGUUGAGGUUUUUGGGGUUGGAGAUCAUACGAGAGGAGUGGCUCCUGGGGGAGAAUGAGGCGUCGGAGGAGCAGCAUGAUGAGCCGCAAUUAAGGUAUUUGGAGCAGCCGGUGGCUUGGCGGUGUGGGCGCCAAGCAUUAGUGGCCUUGAGCGUGGCAGAAGCAGAACUGAUAGAGGCCAUCAGUGCUGCUCAGAUGUCUUAUGGAGUCAUUGCAGUGACGAACGAACUCCAAAACGAGAAGCCUACGUUGGUUUUGAAGGUUGACAACUCAGCUGCUGUUGGACUCAGCAGCGAGUCUGCCGGCACGUGGAAAACCCGACACCUUCGGGUUAGGGCGUACCACUUAAGGGAAGCUGUCAGGCUGAAGGAGAUCACGAUAGAGCACAUUCCAGGUGUGGGUCAACUCGGUGACCUGGGGACGAAAGCGUUUCAUCGUCCUCGCCUUCAAGAACUUUUGAGGCUGUGGGGCCUACAGACCCCGGAGACUCGUAGUGAGCCUGAGCGCUCAAGUUCUUCUGGGAACAUGGCCAAGUUCAACGGCACGGUUGCGGUGUUAGCCAGACUGGCUGUGGUGCUUGGGUGGCUGAUACAGGUGUCGAGGGCAUCCCCGGUUGAGGCUGCAAGUGGUUUGCAGGUGAGUUUCCCAUGGGAGCUGUAUGGACUGGCUAUGGUGGCUUUGGUUGCAGCUAUCGGCAUUUGGGAAGCUAUGAAAUGGUGCUUUGAGUGGUUCUCACUGAGGCAAAGCGGCUCAGUUCAGGAUGCCAGGCAAGCACGCCGCUUGAGGCGGUUGCAACAAGCAGUAUCGGAGGAGGUCGCACGCUACGGCCUGGAUGAUUUGGGAGCAGAGCGUCCUGCCCCCCAUACGCCCAGGCCUUCGACGAGAUCUACCCCCCGUCCUUCGCCCUUCAGGAGCGCGCCCGAGGUUCAUGCUGUCCAGACGGCGACGGUCGCAGUGCAGACAGACUUUGAUGACGGAUUUCGGCCCUUCAAUGGCCCGUUCGUGGUGAGCGAGCAUGGGGACAGGGUUCACUACGAGCCCACCUGUCAUGGACUUCGGAAUGCUACUUCGAGGCGCAGGAACUUACAGUUGUGCCAAUAUUGUCAAGGCCGCCAACAGCUGCACAGGAAGGUGGGCUAG